CACCUCACUUCGGCCAAAGAAUUUCAAGUAGCAGCAGCUCUCAGCUCACACCCUCUCCACUCCACUCUCCCAGACCUUUCAAAAAACCCAGGCGAAGCCAAAGCCCCCGGAACGCCACCACGUGGUAGCCGGCCGGUGCCGCAAGCUACGAAGCUACAAGCACGGUGCCAGACAGCCAUGGUGGCCGCCGGAGCAGCGCUGCGGCUGCGCCUCCUCUACCGGAUGCUUCGCGUGGGGGAGCUCCUCGCACUCGUGGCCUUCCUCUCCUGGUCGUCCUCCCGCGUGCCGUCCGCGGCCGCUGCGGUGCUGCGGCUCGCCGGGUCGCUCCUCCUCAACGCCCGCUUCGUCUUCGUGCUCGGCAACGCCAUCGUGCUCCUCCUCUUCGCGCUGUCGAGACACGACCUCUCCUCCUCUUCCAACCAGCAGCAGACGAGCACGGCCAGCACGACCGCCACCCCACCGCCACCGCAGGCCGCGCAGGCCGCCGCCAGCGCCAGCUUCCCUUCCUUCGCCACGCCAGCUCCGACGCCUUCCAGCACCUUGUUGGAAGAAGUCGCCUCCUUCGCCACGCCGGCGGCUCCACCUCCUGCAUCCGUGGAGGCGCCGGAGGUGGUAGCAGCAGCCCCGGCGGCGCCCGAGCCGGCGCACGCGGCCGCGGCGUUCGAGGACAAGCCGGCGGUGCGCGUGAGCAAGCUGGCGCGCGCGCCGAGGCGGAGCAGGUCCGAGAAGAUGGGCCCGCGGCUGGCGCGGCGCGCCGUGUCGCCCGAGCUGCGGCGCUCCGAGUCGGAGAACGGGCGACGGCGGCGGUCGUCCGUGACGGCGCGCGACGCGCAGGCGUGUUGGGGCAUGGACGACGCGGACGAGUUCCGGCGCACGGUGGAGGCGUUCAUCGCGAAGCAGACGCGGUUCCACCGCGAGGAGUCCAUGGCCGUGGUGGCCGGCGGCGGGGGAGGCGGCCACUGCGGCGCCGCCGCGGCCUUCACCGGCGGCGCCCUCGCCGUCGUCGAAUAAAGUUGACGUAGCGGUGGAACGGCCCUGUGCAAAGUACAUAAAGGAGAAGCUUCCCUUGCUGAACUUGUCGAUCUCGUGUUCAUAGUCUCGCCAAGGGGCUCUGCCCCUGCUCUUCAGAUCUGGACGUCCUUCUUCUUUUCAGUUUCUUUUUCUUGUCGCAUUUCUUCGUUUCGCCCAUAGGAACCUGCGAGGCAUCGAGUUGACGGGGGUUUUGGAGCCGUUGGAUCGUGGAUCCAGCAGAGCGAUCGAAAAUCCUGUGGGUCUGACGACGAAGGAAAUGGACCUGAAAUUUGCAUGCAUGAUGGUCUUUCGAGUUACGCGGGAAUGCAUCGUGAAUUCGGAUGUUA